AGAGACCGAGACCACCUGGCAACACUGGGAUGAAUGUCAAAUAUUUAGUUUGCCUUUUUGUUAAAUAUUUUUAAGUUACACUAAUACACUUCUCUAUGCAGGAAUUAAGGAAAGGGGAAAAAAUAAACAUUUCCCUACUACAUUAUUAUUCUUUUUAAUAUGAUUGCAGGACUGACCAUGCUUUCUUUUACCUGUUUCUGCCGUUCCAGUUAAUGCUUCUGUUAAUAAUAUGGAAAUUUGGGAAAAAUUAAUUGAUGCUUGUACAAGUUUCAAAGACAUUAUCAGUUUUAAAAAGGCUAUUUCUUCUGCCCGAAUUGUACUUUCAAAUGACUUAACUGUCUUUGAAUUAGAUUGGUUUGUAUCAACUUUGCUCCAUCGACCAGUUAAUCUCCUAGGCACUCUCCAGGAGAAGCAGGGAGACUCAUUGUGGAUUGAAUCCAUUGUGGAUGCCCUGGCUCUGCUAGCAAAUUUAUUACAAACUCAUAAUGGAUUACACCAUUAUUAUCAUCAGAUUGUGCAGGUGUGUUCAAUGGUAUCCAAUGGCGCCAGCCGUACUCCUGCGUUAACAUGCUUGUUACACACUAGUCACCAUAGCGCCGCUAGCGCUGCUAACUUACAGCAUCUAAUUGCUGAGUUCGAGUGCCCUCGUGUAUCAAGCCGUGGCCCACUUGGACUACUUAUUGGGUCAAUUUGCCGGUCAUGGCCGCAAGUAAUAGAGGAGCAAGGUGAGCGAGUAUGGCGGGUUUUCCUACAAGUAUUGGAAGAUGAAAAGCUGUCAGGGACUGCCAGAGCAGCAGUACUGGAAGGCGCAAGUGGCAUAUUAUCAGCAUGUGGGCCUGAGCUGCCCACUGCUGAUCUUUUAGGAUUCUAUAACCUGCUUCGUACCGCUGUAUUUCUUCACCCACGAUGCCUUACUGUAUGCAUGCGCAUUUUACGGUGUCAUGUGGCGCUGUUCAGCGAGCGAGCCAGUGAGGAUACAAAGUUGCGAAUGCGUUUAUGGGAACUCGGGGUCGAACCUGCGUACCUCGCGCUUUCCGCCAUUUACCACCAUUUGGCACGCAAUAGUCAGCUAUAUACUACGCUGGCAGCUGAGGUGGUAAAGUAUGCUGGAGCCACGCAGGCUGCCGCGCGCGUUGUUGCCUUGCGAGCGCUUCACGAGCUACAUACAUUGCCGGAUAGCAAUGUAGCCUCACCUCUUUGUUACAUACAUGUUCCUAAACUCGAGUGCAAGCUGCGGGGAGACCUUCAAAAUGAUGACGUUGUACUAAUAGCGUGGUGCAUAGAAACUGGGGUGUCUGGUGCAUCAGAGCUCGUCAGUGCUUGGAUAGAGCGAAAUACUCCGCUACAUUCUAGCAGAGAGCAGCAGCUGGCGCGAGCUGUCCUAGCUGCACCUUAUUCUUUGAGAAAGUGGACAAUUCACGCGAUGGUAACUAAAAGUUGUUGUACAAAUGGACGUCAACGCUGUACAACACUAUGCAAGUGCUUGUGCGACGUAUCCAGUGAAAAGAAUUCGGAAAAUGAGUCGGACAGUUUGUAUGCAAUGGCCGAGAUGCUAGAUAUUCUGGUGGAGGAAGUUCUUACUGUUGCUCGUGGUCAUUCUAUGCAUUGCGGGAAACAGGGCGAUUGUGAGCCGAUAGCAGGAAUUAGCGCACUAGUAUGUGUAGCGUUGCGUAGCGGAAACAGCGGGGCGGUGGUAGCCGGUGCGAGGCUAGUGGGAGCACUAUCAAGCUGCGGAGUCCGUCAUCCUGCCGCUGUACCUGCUGCGUUAUCCGCUGCCCUAGCCUCUCCACUAGCGCCAUCUACAAUUGAAUUGAAGACAUUGCGAGUGGAGUCGUUGCGUGACGCAGAAACGCAAUGGCAAUGCUGUGAAGUUGUCUGCAGUUCUGGUAUUGCACCACCACAGUUUCUGGCUAACUUCACACUGGCUGCUGCCGAGAUUGUGUUGAGUAGUGGACGUACUGAAACGACGCUCUUGUGUGCGUGUGUUCGUACACUGGCCGCGUUAGUACGCACACACCGGGACAGUAUCGAUAAAACAUUGCUUAAUGAAGUGAGUAAACGUAUAGACGAGCUACCCGCACGUAGCUCCGCCCACUCCCGAAUUGAACGCGAAUUGCGUCGAGAAAUUCUCUUAUUCCUUGGGCAGUGUCCGCUCGAAACAUCUGAUAAUCUUGGUCGUCACGCUACACCAGUUAUUUUAUAUGACAUAGACCUGGAAAAGCAUAACAUUGCAAGUGCAUUGGAAGCGGCUACUCAUACUCCAUCAUUGGAAGUGGAAAACGCGCAAAAGAUGGCGGAUUACCUUUCGAAGAUAUUGCGCUUCAAAAGACCAUGUGAUCCGCCUAUUUCUAUUUUAACAUGGCUGGCUAGGUCUGGAGCGGAUUUGCUACCAUUUGCGGCCAUGUUUCCGCAACGAGCUUUGCCUGAGCUUUUUCAGAGCGUAGAACGCGAGCGUAGUGCGGUGACACGUAAAGCGCUGGCAGCGCUUGCGACCGCUGUACUCAAAACUCUACCACCUGAGGAACAAGAAAUGCAGCUGCGUUUUUUACUUACUACGGACCAAGAUUCAACACUAGAGGGAAGCUUAGAAAUUCUGUUAGCAGCUUCACGAGCGGUUCGCGAUGAUAGCGUAUCUCUACGUGCAGAAAUACUAAAAGCACUCGCAGUCAAGGGUGGCUUACACCUGGCAUCACUGUCACCUGUAUCGUGUCUCCCGCCUGCGGAUGUUAUUAGUUCCCUACUCUCCGGUCCAUUACCGCCUGGAUUCGACCCAUUCAACGACCGCCUCGUUCUUGAACGCGUCGCUUCGGAUUAUUCCGAUCUGGUAGUGGAGGCAAUUGAUGAUAAUUGCAACUUUAAUAGGUUGCUUAACGUCCUUAAUGAGAUUAGAGGAUCCCCUGGGCUGAGUAGGCGGGUUUGUCUGACCCGGGAUGGGUUAGUGCCAAGCAAGUUGUUCGCGCUAGAAUGUUCUGCGCCGGACGUUGCAUUUCAGUUCAUCGCUUGGAAUGCCGAAGUUUUGAUGGAAAUUAAUUCAGAGGCAACAAUAGAAACAGUCUGUAGAUUAAUAGCAAGCGUGAAAAUUGAUGAUAUCCGAGCGAUACGGAAUCUCGCGGAAUGCGUUCAAAGAGUAACGCAUAAUAAUUCAGAUGUGAACAAAUUGUAUGAAGCCAGCGAGAAUUGGCUAAGGAAGCAGGAAUUGUGCGAAGUUACGAGAGAACUUAGGAGAUAUGUGUUUAAGACUGAGCGUUGGCAGGUCGUUCAAGGAGUUCGAGGUAUGAUAAAGGCUUCUGGAGUUAAGCCAGACGUAGUGGGAGAAGAAGCGGUCAAUUGGGGUAAAGCGGUAAGGGAUAUUUACGAUACAGGUAUAGAGCGUUAUGCUCCUCACAGACCCUACUUGAUGGACGUUUUGUGCGUUGCUCUACCCGCAUUAAAUAUUCAAGAGUUUGAACAACUUUUUGACGAUGACGUGAGCUUCUGCAAAUGGGCAGUUCCGGCGUUGGUAUACCUCAUAGAGCUAAAAGGAAACGAGCAUUUACCACUUAAAAAAUCCCAAAUCGCGGAGCUCCUACCACUGGUUUGGAAAGCUCCAGUGGAAAUUGUAGAUCGAUUAUGGGCGGAUUUCGAAUCGAAUAGCACAUUUGAGGAAAAGAUCGAAGCGGCUUUAGUGAUAGGAGCUGGUGAAGCUCGACUAUGGGCGGAGAGGAUCGUGCUGAAUUCCGCGCCUCCUCUUCAGGUGUUGCAGCUAUUACCACUUCUGCCGUCUGAUAUGCGUCGUCGAGUGGCCUCUUCUGCGCUAGUAGCUGCAGGUGUGACAGGUGCAGGGGGCGUGGCCUGCGCCAAAGAGGGCGUGGCCGUUGCAGCAGUGAGGGCGCUACUUGCUGCCACACCUACCUUGGAACUCGUCGACAUUAUUGCUACACUCGCUGAUGAUGAAAUGGAAUGCGAUUGGUUUGAGGCAGCAUUAUCGCAAUGGGCACGCAACGCAGCCGCAAAUGCGUGUGCCGCCGAUAUACUAACGCGCCUUCACGAACUGUGUUGGGAUGCGCGUACGCUCGGAGUCUUACGUGUUUUGGUUCCUAUGCUACGGGCAAUAGAUUCGUCGCUGGUCGAAGACCUUAUGUCCCAAUGGUCCAAUCGUCUCAUUGGUGCGAUACGCGUCAAGCCCCGCCCCGGAGGCGAUCAACGUCCGUUGAUACGUUGCCUAAACGAUUACGUACGAGCUCUAACGCUCCUUACAAUUGCCUUCGAAAGAGUUCCAAGAGCACACCACGAGCGACCUGAUGCUAAAUUGCAUCAGGAAUUAUCCUCUCAGCCAUUUCAAUUGGUUCGGCAGGUCAGCACGCUCUGUGUUGCGUUGAGAGAAUCCGUGCGAACUGCGUAUGAUGAUAAUCUGCGGGAACUGUUUAGAGUGUUUGAGUGCGCCAACUUCAAAUGUUUAAGUUCGGCCCUGUUCUGCCGUCAAGGGGCUCCUUCGACAUUCCGUGCUAUACUCGAUGAUGCCGUAUGGCAGCGUCUCGUUCAGACAUCCAUCACAUUGCCCAUCAUCUCACAAAGCCACGCUACGCCUAGGCCAGGGGAGACGGCUUCGGUACAAUCGCGCGUUUUCCUCACUACGCUCACUGAUGAUCCACUUUUGUAUGACUUGCAUGAAGGAGUUCAGAUGGAGACAAGCGAGGCGGAAAUGGGCGGACAAUUAGGUGCGAUAUGGGUACACGAGUGUACGAACACACUCUCCGUACUCUUACGUCACAGCGUGCGUGCGUUACCGCCGGAUCUAUACCUGACACCUAUACGUGCUGCGCUUGCGACGUCACGAACGCGCCCGCUACGCUGGCUUCUAGCGCAGGCCGUAUGUGAUGUACCGUCCCUCGUAGAUACCCUACGUGACGAUCUGCUCGCUGUAGCACUAGACACGUUAGAAAAUGGCCUAAAUGCAAUACAACUAUACGUAAUCGGUGUGGUGAAACCCGUUCCGUUGGAUGUUGCACGAGCGACGGGGGUUUUGACAGCCCUAGUCCAGACUGCGGUGGAAUUGGAAUCGCGGGCUCCGAGGUUGCUCACAGACACCCUCGAAUCGUGGUCGCGCGCUCAUGCGGGUUUGGUUUUACCCGAUACCUGCUAUACGGAAUAUGUCGCAGAUUCAGGAAGGAAACGCUGGAGUUGUAUGUCGGUAAUGCGGCGUGUGUGCUCGAGCGGUAUUCGCAUGGCCGGGCUAGUUGGGGAACUGGGAUCGCUGGCGGUGACGGCCGCAAAUGACAUGCGCACGCUUCGUUCGAUUGGAGCGACGUUGGGCUGCGCACUGACAGCGGACGCGGUUGAGGCGUCCGACGAGAAAGUGCGCGAAGCUAUGGUGGCCGUGCGUAAGCGAGGAGGCGCCGGCGCAUACCUCACGCUCCUUGCGGCUGCCGCAUCCGUAUAUCCAGCUCUUGUUAAUGCUGAGAAUGCCCGGAUCGUAACAGAUAUGGCGACGAAGAUAAUAGGCCGCGACAAACAGAAAUGUCUACGAAUACUUUGUGCAUUUGCGAAAAACUCGAAGCAAAGCGACGAACAAAUCGCGGAUAUCUUUGAUUUGGUGGAGCCGACGGUGUCUUUGACCUGUGAUCCUUUGAUUAUUGAUUUGUGUACCGCGGCCUUACCGUACGCUCGUCAAGCAGCUCGCGAGCGCGUCGUAACGAUUGCGGAACAACUGGCUACCCCUACAACUCUCGCUUCACCAAGUCUUCAACGUGCGGCUUAUUUAUUGCUCUUCGCAGAAAUAACACGGCGAGUUGGGGCUGAGCGUGAAGGGAGAAAGGAAGUGGAGCCACCUACGAAACGUCGCGCUGGGUGCGUUUACUCUCCAAUACUCUCGUUGUGGGAGGAUAUGGCGUGGCGAGGGGUUUUACGCUGUACAGUCUACGCAUUGGAUCAUACGGAUUCUAAUAUUGUCAAGGGCGCAUUUCAAGCACUCUCUAAAGCGUUAUCUGUUGACGAUCGCUAUACACGACUGUCUGAAACAGUCCUCUUGUGCUGUACAUUAGGGUCACGUGGCUUCGACGUUUUGUUACGUCUCUUCUUCUACGGCGAUGUCAAGGAAAAUGAAAAAGACGUGUUAGAAUCUCUUCUGAGCGUAGCACGGGGCUCUGAGGCGGUGACAUGCGUUCUAGCUGGUUCCGUAGCGCAGGUUGCAAGCGGUGGCGCUGCUGAGAGGGAGAGACUGGUUACGAUAUUAGCUGAGAACGUUGCUGGUGGGCCAGUCAUAGUGGAAUUGUUACACGCCCUCGUACCAGCAGGGACACAGGUUGAAUACGGCGGAACGGUAUCACGUGGUAUUCUAAGGGAGCUAAGACAACGUGCUACGCUUACUAAUGAGGAUCAUUAUACGCUGGGGAAUAUUUCCGCAGGGAAAUGCAUUAGUGCGGUCGAACCGUGUUUUUCUAUUAAAGCCAUGAGCAAGUGUUUUGGGUGGUUAUGCGAGUGGGACCGUUGGGGAGAGGGGGGAGAGAGAUCUUGUCAAGUGCCGCAGCUUUGGACCGAUAAUGAUUCAUUUAGACGGGAAAUGGAGACGUAUAUAGGCGAGGUGGGCUGGUUCCGCGCAAUGUGGUCAGGACUUGACGCUGAUAGAGACGAAACUGGCCUCUACCGGCUACUCUUGGCCGCUGAUCGUUGGCCUAGAGAUACCUUCACGUUUUCUGCUGUAUGGGAACUGGAGAUGUGGAAAGAUGGUGAAUUUGUCCGGGAAUGUGACUGGUUGGAGAGGCGGGACCGAGUUUGUUUGGCACAAACUGCUGCACUUCUUAUGAUGAGGUCUCUUCGUUUGCAAUCAUCAGAAGAACAUUAUACUGAACAGACUUCCGCAUUACACGAGAACAUGAUAAGGUGGUGUUCGCUGGUUAACAAUAUUCGAGGCGCACCAGAAAAUCUACGAACUACGUUAUUCGAAGACGUGAUUCGAGUUUGCAGUCAACUGGAGCUGGGGACAAUUGACAAUGGAAUUGAGGAGCUGGUGUCAGCGAAGCGGGGGUUGGCCGUUCUCAGGAAUAGUCCAUUAGAGCUGGCAGAGGCGCUGGAAUUCGCUCAAGAGAAAUGGUGUGAAUUGAGUGAAAGAUCCAAGGAACCGCUUCGUUUGAUGCAACUUGUAUUAAAACUUCGAGCUGAUACCAAUAGUGUAAACAGAUCGGUAGUAGAAGAGGCAAUGACAAAAAUAAAAGAGUCCUUAAGUGUCAAAGAGAAGAGUGAGACACGCCCCGUACUUGCCACUAUCGCAGAACACCUUUUCUGUUUAUAUGAGAGAACCACUGAAGUGGAAGAUAAAUAUGACAUAUUAAAUCAGAUGUAUGAAGCAAUAGAGCUAAGUGGGGGAGUUCGCCAAGCGGGGCCUAUUGUCGACAUACUUCUAUCUUGUAUGCUGAGAUUGCCAGAGGAAUAUCGCCCAAAAGCAUUAUUUGAUAAGCUGUUAGAUGCAAGUAAAGACUUGGAGGAGUACCAGCGACAAGCUGUGGGGAUGGAUCAAAUGGAAAAUGAAUGGGCCCCUCGAUUGGCCCUAGUGAGGGACCCCCAGCACGCCUUAUUAUGCCUGUGUGCUUUGCUCCUUCGAGCUGCAUCUUCAGAGGAUGGGGAAAGAUGGCGUGAAGCCGUUCGGCAAGCUCGGCUUACGUAUCCAGAUACAUUCGUCACCUUGUCAGAUGGAGAAAUAUCCGAGGGCGCAGUCCAAACUAUAAAAAUGGUACAAAAGAGGGCACAAGCAGCAUUGGAUGCGCAAGGCGAUGGUGCUCUGCGUUUAUCGACUCUCAGUCCGGCACUGACCGCUCCUCUAUCUGAAUCUCCUACACUGGCAUCUCUUCUUGGCUUGCCUCCACACUUACGGGUACAUUGCUUCGAGAAGAAGGUAGAAGUGUUCGCAGAUAGCGCACGAAGGCCGUGCCUACUGCGUGCGCGUUUGACGAACGGGUCCGUUCGCCGUUGGCUGGUCAAAGUUGAAGCGCCACAUGCCCAUCGAGCCGCUUUCGCCGUGGCUCAUGCUUUGCGUCGCUCGCAUCCUUCAAGGGCACAGUAUGUCAUCAGCUAUGAUGUACGAGCACUGACUUCCGACUGCUCCCUAAUCGAGUUCCUAGAGGACCACGAGCGUCUAGACGCGCUCGCUUCGAGCACUUCAGCGCUAGCUCUACGCGAAGCGAUACGCAAGCGCAGUCUAACCGCUCAGCACUUUCUAGACCAACAGAGAAGAUUUAGCGAAACUGUAGCAGCCGGUACUGUGCUGACUGCGCUGUUAGGGGUUGGCGAUCGGCAUCCGCAGAAUUUGAUCGUGAGCGUAGAAGGGGCCUUGGUACACGUGGAUUGGGCGUGCUCGCCCCGACAUGAUGCGCUAUCCCUUGAGCCACCACCAGCUCGACUCACGCGCAAUAUGAUAGCCUUAGCUACUCCCGGACUGGAGAGUCUUAUACUGGAAUGGAGUGAAGUGAUUCGGGAAUACGCCCUUGAAUUUAUUGCUAUUUUGCGGGUAGUCUAUCAAUAUUUACCUGACUCUCAAGUCUACAAGGUGGAAAUGAUGGAGCAGCUCGUGCGUGGUCAGCGUGUCAGCCAUCAGCUCCCGUUGCAGCAGUUAAAGCGAUGUGGUUCCCUCGAAACCGUUCUCGCUGAUCUAUUCCAAGACUUUCCUCUCAAGGAAUCAUAUUCGGUACAAGAGCAGGUAUCAAGUCUCCUGCGCAUGAGCACAGAGCCGCGAGUAUUGGCACUCACAAGACUAACUUGGCAACCGAAUAUGUGAUUUUUAUGUAAGUGUUUAAUAAAGUUUGUGAUAAA